ACCACCUUCUAGCUUCUAACGUGCAUUACGCAGAGAAUCUCUUAGCUUUCUAGAUUUAGCAGCACAACUUGAUUUUGAAUUAAAACUAUCCGCCAAUGGACGUUAAAGAUUGAGUGAGGUUGGUUUUUUCAAAGCGUGGGACCUAGACAAAGGAGAAAAAGAUUUAGAGGCUCCUCCAAACAUGGCUGGUGGACCCCACUUUCGGAAUAAAUGAAGAUUUCUCUAUAAUGCUCCUUUUCAAAUCACAAAGUUGGGGUGUGCUUCACAGGCCCCCACAGCCUUUUUCAUUUUGAAUUUCAAAUUUGAAUCGGACACAUAUGCGAAGAACGGCCACAGUGAAAUAUUAUUAACGAUCCCAACAGUAAACUUUGGAUCUUUCGUGGUUUUCGACGAAACAUGGGAGACACAGCUUGUCUCAUGCAGCCAUUCUGCUAUGCCUCUGGCAUCUCCAAUGAAACCAACCAGAGCAAUCCAAUUCAUUCGCUUGGACAGUCAAUCUCGUUCGGCAGGUUCAUGUCGGAGUCACUGUCGUGGGAGAAAUGGUCUUCUUUCUCUCACAAUCGUUACGUCGAAGAGGCAGAGAGGUAUUCAAGACCUGGAUCAGUUGCACAGAAGAAAGCUUUUUUUGAAGCUCAUUACAAAAAACUUGCUGCUCAGAGAGCAGCUGCUUUGCUUGAUCAACAAGCAAACAGUGCUGCUUCAAACAAUGACAAUUCACAGACGACUACUCCAAACGUUAAACUUGUCGUCGAUGAAAAAACAGGCUUCAAGAUUCUAAACUCACAGCCAGACACUCUUGGCUCAAAUAGAGACCCAAGUGUGAGUGAAACCGAAAACCAACCUUCAGUUGGUAAGUCAGAGAAGGUUGAAUUGCAAAGCCAGCUUCAAAAUGUUGCUUGCAAGAGAGGAGUGAGAGAAAAACUUAGCGAAACACCUCCAGUAACGGCACCAGAAUUAUUGAAGAGUUCCGAAUCUAACAAGGAAAAUUUGGCAUCGAUGAGGCAGAAGAAACCACCCGUUUCUUCCUCCAAGUUGCUAAAAGCCUCUGAACCUUUUAAGUUCACCUCCUCACCUGUGAAAUCUGAGGUUUCUGUUUGUUCCAAGGAGGACAAUUUUGCCAUCCCAAGUAGCAAGAAGCCUGCAUUAGGAUCCCCUGAGAAGAAGAGAUCACCUACUAAGUCUCUUCACGUGUCAAAUUUUACACCCAUCAGAGAACUCAAUAGGUUAACUGCAUCAGUCAUGAAGAAAUUUGAAAAUGCAAGAGUUGGUGCUGCUUCUUCCAAAGUCUCAAAGGACAGCAACUUGACUCCUUUAAGAACCCCAAUUAUGGCUUCUAAAAAUGAGGGUCAAAAGCACUCCUCAAUGACCCCUUUAACAGAGAAUAAAAGGACCAAAACACCUCUUGAUUUAUCAGCAUCAGGCAGCAAAAGAUCAGGCACCAAAUGGCACCUGCUCUCAGCGGAGAAAAAUAUGAGAUCCCCUGUUAUAUCAUCUCCAUUUAGCUUGAGGACGGAAGAAAGAGCUUCAAGAAGAAAGAAGAAAUUGGAAGAAAAGUUCAACGCCAGUGAGUCACAAAAAGUGCAGCUGCACACAAAGCUCAAGGAGAAAGCAAAUAUAGAGAUCAGGAAGUUACGACAAAGCUUCUGCUUCAGAGCGCGGCCUCUACCUGAUUUUUAUCAGGAAAUAAAAGAACCGAAGGAGGAAAAGAAGGGCAUACUGACACAUAUUGUUGAAUCACCCAAUCAAGGAAGAAAAGCCAUUCAAACCACUUUAGCAAAACACAAUGCCGUCAACGGUGGAACCCCAACUCAUCCACAGGCUUCAAAUUCCACAACGAAAAUGAGGACACAUCGCCAAAUAUUUCAGCAUGCGAAACAAAACGACAGAUGAUACAAAAUGACUUUGCUGAGAGGUCAGCUUAAAAAACUUGUACUUGUAAAUGAAGCUUAUUGAAAUCAACGCUCUUCAUGCUAUUCUCCCUUCUUUGGUCAGGCUUGAAUUAUCCCCAGGACAUUGUAAUUUGAAAAUUGAUUCCUCUGCUUUAGUUUUUUUUUUUUAACUUUUUUUGGGGCCCUGGCGCUCGCCUUUGUCAUCCCCUCCAUAUAUUCGAAGGCCUUCUAAA